GGCGCGGCUGACGUCAGGACGGGGCUGGCGCUGCCCGCGGGCGGAGCGGGGCCGGCGGCGGGCGCGGGGAGAGGCAGAUUAAGCAACAAUGGCAUUUGUGAAGAGUGGAUGGCUGCUCCGGCAAAGUACUAUUUUACGGCGUUGGAAGAAGAACUGGUUUGAUCUGUGGUCUGAUGGCCGCUUAAUAUUCUAUGAUGAUCAAAGUCGCCGUGAUCUAGAAGAUAAAAUCCACAUGCGAAUCCACUGCAUCAACCUCAGAGUGGGGAAUGAAUGUCGAGAUUUCCAGCCUCCAGAGGGGAAGCAGAGAGACUGUUUACUGCAGAUUGUUUGCCGUGAUGGGAAGACAGUCAACCUCUGCGCAGAGAGUGCAGAUGACUGCCUGGCAUGGAAAAUUGCUCUCCAGGAUGCCAGAACAAACACAGGCUACGUGGGAUCUGAUGUGGUGUAUGAUGAGACAGCCAUUUCCUCAGCCCCUCCUCCCUACACAGCUUAUGCCACACCAUCACCUGAGGUUUAUGGCUAUGGCUAUGAUCAGUACAAUGGUGCGUACCCCCCUGUGGGCCCUCAGAUCUUCUAUGCCUCCAAUGGACAAGCUUAUGCUCUGCCCUACCAGUAUCCAUACCAAGGACCUUAUGGGCAGCCCCCUGCAAACCAUGUCAUCAUCCGAGAGCGUUACCGUGACAGCGAUGGAGACCUUGCACUGGGCAUGCUGGCUGGAGCAGCAACUGGAAUGGCUCUGGGGUCACUCUUCUGGGUCUUCUAGAUUCCCCUUUCCUUAUCUCUGUAGUUCCAAACCCCUUUAUUGUGUGCAAUAAUAUAUUGGCAAUGUUGUUUACUGUUAAACUUUGAAAAAUGCAAUAGUUAUUUUUCAGUAGUGACAUCUUAAUAACUGAUUCUUAACUGUCUUAAUGAGAGUUUGAAGGCACCAUUUAGUUACGUGGUUGGAAAUGGCACGUGCUGCUCUUGAAUUCUGGUCUCAUGUUCAGGAUCAACAUGAGCACCAGUGUCACGUGGUAGCAGUCACUGCUUUAUGAAUAGACUGUUAUUGUAAACAC